ACAAAGAGAGACAAUUACAUGUGCAUGUUACAUAUCUAUAGUAUAUCAGAUCUUUCAAUUAGUUACAUGAAGACAGACCCAUAUAUAUAAAAAGCUUCAAGCUUUCACCAAAACUGAAGUGGAAACAGGAAGCUUUCUUUAAUGGCUUCUAUUGGUUGUACUUUGUUUAUCUUGUUACACAGCUGCUGCUUUGUAUGGUUGUACAUUUUGCCAGUUGCAGAAGCAGCUGCUAACAGUGUGAAGUAUGAUAGUAGAUCACUCAUCAUUGAUGGUCAAAGAAGGCUUCUUAUUUCGGCUGCUAUUCACUACCCUCGUAGUGUCCCUGCUAUGUGGCCCGGAUUGGUAAAAACUGCAAAAGAAGGAGGCGUAGAUGCGAUUGAAACGUACGUAUUUUGGAAUGGACAUGAACCAUCACCAGGCAAUUACUAUUUUGGUGGAAGGUAUGAUUUACCGAAAUUUGUGAAGAUAGUUCAGGAUGCCGGUAUGCUUUUAAUUCUUCGGAUCGGGCCAUUCGUUGCUGCAGAAUGGAACUUUGGCGGUAUACCUGUUUGGUUGCAUUAUGUGCCAGGGACCGUCUUCAGAACCGACAACGAACCUUUCAAGCUUUACAUGCAGAACUUCACAACUCUUAUUGUGAAUAUGAUGAAGAAAGAUAAGUUUUUUGCAUCACAAGGAGGUCCCAUCAUUUUAGCACAAGUGGAAAACGAGUAUGGAUUCUAUGAACCUGCGUAUGGCGAAGGUGGCAAAUCGUACACUCAGUGGGCUGCGAAAAUGGCUCUUUCUCAAAAUACAGGUGUACCGUGGAUAAUGUGUCAGCAAUGGGAUACUCCUGAUCCGGUGAUCAAUACUUGUAAUUCAUUUUACUGUGACGAUUUCAAGCCGAGCUAUCCAACAAUGCCCAAAAUCUGGACCGAGAAUUGGCCCGGAUGGUUCAAGACAUUUGGUGGCAGAGAUCCCCAUCGCCCACCUGAAGAUGUUGCGUAUUCCGUUGCUCGAUUUUUUCAAAAAGGAGGAAGUGUACACAAUUAUUAUAUGUACCAUGGUGGGACGAAUUUCGGACGUACUUCUGGCGGGCCGUUUAUCACCACGAGUUAUGAUUAUGAUGCACCAAUUGACGAAUACGGAUUACCAAGGUUUCCGAAAUGGGGCCACCUUAAGGAGCUUCACCGAGCUAUUAAGUUGUGUGAACACGCGUUAUUGAACAACAAACCAGCUUUGGUUCUUCUUGGUCCGAAACAAGAGGCGGAUGUCUACGAAGAUCAAACGGGAACAUGUGCUGCGUUUAUCGCUAACUUAGAUGACACAAACGAAAAAACAGUUCAGUUUCGAAACGCUUCAUAUACAUUGCCAGCAUGGUCAGUAAGCAUACUUCCCGACUGCAAAAACGUAGUCUUCAACACCGCAAAGGUCGGAUCUCAAACUUCUACCAUUGAAAUGGUGCCGGAGAAACUGCAACCUAAUUGGGAAAUAUACGUUGAGAAAGCCGGGAUAUGGGGCGAAGCAGAUUUUACACGCAACGGUUUUGUUGAUCACAUUAACACCACAAAAGAUACUACUGAUUACCUUUGGCACACAACAAGAUUAUUUGUUGACCGGAGUGAAGACUUUUUAACGAAGGGAAUCAAACCGAUCCUCCUUAUCGAAUCAAAGGGACAUGCCCUUCAUGCAUUUGUCAAUGGCAUACUUCAAGCUAGUGCAUCAGGAAACGGUACUGUUUCACCGUUCAAGUUUAAGAGCCCCGUCUCUUUGAAGGCGGGAAAUAACGAAAUCGCCAUUUUGAGCAUGACUGUAGGCCUCCAAAAUGCAGGAUCGUUUUACGAAUGGGUUGGAGCGGGUUUAACCAGUGUGAAACUCGAAGGUAUGAAGAAUGGAACCAUGGACUUAUCACACACAGCAUGGACCUACAAGAUCGGUUUAGAAGGCGAGCAUUUACGCUUAUACAAUGCAGACAGUGCGAAAAACGUGAAGUGGACAAAGGUUUCCGAGCCACCUAAAAACCAGCCAUUGACAUGGUAUAAGGCUAUCGUGGAUGCCCCGCCUGGAGACGAACCCAUUGCGCUUGACAUGGUUCACAUGGGAAAGGGAUUGGCGUGGUUGAACGGCGAGCAGAUCGGAAGAUACUGGCCCCGAAAAGCUCCAACUGAUAAGUGUGUUACAACAUGUGAUUAUAGAGGCAAGUUUAACCCGGAUAAAUGCAAUAGAGGGUGUGGUGAACCGACACAAAGAUGGUACCAUGUUCCAAGAUCUUGGUUCAAGCCAUCGGGUAACGUUUUGGUGAUAUUUGAAGAGAAAGGUGGCGACCCGUCUCAAAUGAUGUUUUCAAGACGGAAAGUAUCGGCUCUUUGUGCUCAUGUAUCUGAAGAUCACCCAUCGUUUGUCACCAACGACAUGCGAAAAAUCAAAUCAAGUUUGGAGUUAAAAUGCCCGAUCAACGCAUACAUUUCCGGUUUUAAAUUUGCUAGUUAUGGAACUCCUACAGGUUCUUGUCAAUCAUUUACAGUUGGAGAUUGCCAUGAUCCUGAUUCCACAUCUGUUGUUGAAAAGCUAUGCUUGAAUAAGAACGAGUGCAUAGUCGAAUUGAGUGAAGACAAUUUCAAGACGGAACUUUGCCCCGGCAAGACAAAGAAACUUGUUGUGGAAGCAAUGUGUAGCUAAAUCGUGCCAUUUCGAUAUUGGUUGAAUUUAUAUGGUUGUGUUUUUUGUAUCGUCAAGAGUCAUUUUUACGUACAUUUCCGCGGGUCUUUGAUUUCAUGUCUUUGUAAUCCCAAGGGGAAUGAGUACAUGUUAAGGCUGUUGAAACUUGAAACUUGUUGAAAUUUUUAUAGUCAAAAUUUGACUUUGACCCAUAAAAGUCAAAUGUCAACUAUCUUCUAAUAAAAACAUGGUACAAGUACAUACCA